AUGACACACACCGUUCCCCCCGACCAGCCUAUUGACCUCCUAACCGGCUGGCCCAACCCCGCGCUCCUCCCCGCGCUCAAUCUGCGCCACUCCGCCACAACCGUACUCUCCAAUCCCUCCCUCGCAAACCCUGCCCUUCUCUACGGUCCCGAUGAAGGAUACGAGCCGCUGCGCACACACAUCGCUGCAUGGCUGAGCGAUUUCUACCAGCAGCGCGAGCCCAUCUCAACACAGCGCAUUUGUAUCACCGGCGGGGCGAGCCAGAACCUAGCUUGCGUGCUGCAAACCUUCACAGAUCCGGUCUACACACGAAAUGUAUGGAUGGUCGUACCGACAUACCACCUGGCUGCGCGCAUCAUGGACGACGCCGGCUUCGCCGGGCGUCUACGUGGAAUCCCCGAAGAUGACGAGGGUGUUGACAUAGCGGUGCUGGAGAACGGGUUGCGCGCCGCGGAAAAGAUUGCUCUGCGCGAUGGAAAUACUGAGCCGGCACCGUGCCAUGCUACUGUGCCAUCGUUUAUUGAGUCCCGGGCUGACCUUGCCCCUCUUUCCCUGCAGAAAAUGAAACCGCCUAGGCCCUGGCGCAAGAUCUACAAGCAUAUCAUCUAUGCUGUGCCGACUUUCGCAAAUCCCUCAGGGAAGAUCAUGUCGCUGCAUAGACGUGAAGCGCUCGUUCGCCUCGCCCGCCAGUACGAUGCACUGAUCGUCACGGAUGAUGUGUACGAUUUCCUUUGGUGGUCGGCCACGCCAGGAGAGGAAUUCUACGGUAACCGUGCGUGUAGUCCGCGCCUUAUCGACGUGGACCGCUACUUGGACGGUGGUCCACUGGAUGAAUGGGGACACACAAUAAGCAACGGUAGUUUCAGCAAGCUGAUCGGACCUGGGGCCCGUACCGGCUGGGCCGAGGCGUCGGAAAGAGUUGCGUAUGGAUUAUCACAAACAGGCUCUUCCCGAUCGGGCGGCGCUCCUUCCCAUCUAACCGCCGCUAUCAUUGACCAGAUGUUCCCCACAGGCGUACCAAACCACAUCCGUAACGUCCUCCAACCGAAAUACGCCGAGCGCUACCACACUUUGCUAUCGGCAGUCCUCGAGCAUCUCGUCCCGCUGGGCGUCACAGUCCCAGCACCGGGCCCCGCCGCCGGAGGAUACUUUAUGUGGAUCGGUCUACCGGCGCCGUUGAUCGCCGCCGACGUAGUCCAGCUCGCGCAGAGCGACGAAAAACUGCGUGUGUCACCUGGUCAUGUGUUCCAGGUCCCCGGAGACCGGGUGAUUGAUGAGGGGUUUGCGGAUCAUCUACGCCUCUGUUUUGCGUGGGAAGAGCCACCUCAUUUGACCGAGGGGAUACGUAGGCUAGCGCGUGUUCUCAAUCGUAUGACUCGUACCCAGGUCUAG